AUGGAAAAGGUGCAUGAGGCAGUCCGUGUACUGUAUGGAGGCAGUGUGAGCGAGAGUGAACGAAGGUGUGCGGAUUUGUACCUCCGUGGGUUGAUGAAUAUGCCGUGUGUUUGGGAGUUGAUUCCGUUGCUUCUUGCUGGGAAUGGGAUGCGAGAAGAGGAGAUUUUGUAUGGUGCAAUAUCGCUUGAGAGGCAGGUGAGGAACGGUGUGAUACCACCAAGUGGUGACAUUUACACGUUUAUUGAGGGGUGUUUGUCGACGCACCGAUGUCGGAAUGCGGUUGUUGCGCACUUAUGCCGAGCACUUUCCCAGGUGGUUGUUCAUAGUGAGGGUGUUCGUGAUGUUGUUGUUCGUUUGGUGGGUGUUUACACGCAGCGUGAUGUUCCAGUCAGUGUUGGACUCAAUGUGCUGUACAGCCUUGGGGAGUGUGUUCGUCGUGCAGUGACGGUUGAUGAUGUGAAAUUGCGACAAUAUGUCGAUGCACUUCGGUGCGUGAGCGAGACAGUGCUACGGUAUUGUGUUGCGAAUAGUAAUGUGAAUGUGGGUGUCGAGUGCCUUGUUGUGUGGGUGACAAAUGUCGGUGUGCAUGUGAGUGAGAUAGUUGGAUGUGGUGUAGAUGGUGUUGUUGCGAUGAGUUACAGUCGAUGUAUGAGUAGUGGGUGUGAUCUUCUUGUGUCGUGUGUAAAUUGCAUAGAGGGUGAGAUAGAGAGUGAUGUGAGUUUCAAUUGUGGGUUGCGUAUUCUUCGACACAUAAUGAGUGAAUUUCGGGGUGUCGCAUCUCGGUGCACGAGUGAGGAGAUGGUGAAUAUAGUGUGUGACAUGACGUGCUGUGCUGGGAAGAUAGUUGCGCUGUAUUGUGGUCGCCUUGAAUGGAUUGAUGUUGGAAGUUAUUUUGGUGUUGUCAGUGUUCUCUGUCAGACAAAGAGCGAGUGUGUGAGUGAAUGUGUAUCACGGUGUAUAGUUGAAGUUGUGAAUGGUGUGAGUCAUCGUGCAAGCAGCAACGUGUAUGAUUGUUUCUGCGAACAUGUGGGUGAGUCGUUGUAUGGAGUGUACAAUGGGUAUUUGAAUGUUCAAGCUGUGAUACCGAGUGGAAACGAUGAGAGUGAGACAGACAGAUUUUGUGCGAGUCGAAAGGGCUGUGUUGUUGAAGCUGUGCGAUGUGUGUCGAGUGUUUGUGGUGUUGAACGACUACUGAGUGGUGUUGAGAGUGUUUUGUGUAGUGGUUGUGAAUGGCAACGUGUAGAAGCCGCAAUAUUUAUAUUUCGGUGUUUAGUGCGUGUGACUGAGUCUGAUGCGCAGUGUGUUUUGCAGGUACACCGCAUUCUUCUUCGUGUAUUGAGUAUAGUUGAUGGGGACGCUUACCUCCUUCAUGCCGCAGUUGCAUGUGUAGGUCGGCAUUGUGAUUGGAUGCAUUGUUAUGCUCAAGACAUUUCAGUACGUGCUUUGGAGUAUGUGAUGCGUUUUUUGUGUGUUACGUCACUUGUUGAUGUUGCGUGUCUUUCUUUCAUGAACAUCUGCGACGCGUGCUCGGUAGAGUUUACACCGUCGUUUGCAACAAUUGAUCGUGUGUUUUCGGCGAUCUACGGAAAUUGUGUGAAUCAGUGGCGUGUCGGGACAAAUGGGUAUUCGCAAAUGAUCCGUGGGUAUAUUCUUCUUCUCCGCAGACAGAACUUGUCUGUCCAGUGUGCUGCGUUGCGUGCAUACCUUUUGCCUGCAAUCACGAAACUUGGGGAAGCAACAACACCUGUUGAGUGCAGUGUGUACGCCGCGGUUGUCAAUGCAUGGGUGUUGUAUGGAACGGUUCUUGAGAAGCGCAUCAACGUGAUGGAGUAUUCGACCGCGAUAGUGCGUGUUUGUGACAGUGUUAUAGUGAAAGCAGUCAGUUCUGGUGCGCCAAGUGCAAUUAGCGCAAUCACAAGUCUUCUUCAAGACACACUCUUUUUCAUAGGUGACAACAUCACCACAUGUUACACUGAAUUUGUCAACCGCGCCACAUCAUGGUGGGCAUCGUCACAUAUCAGUAACUUUGUGUCGAUUCUUUAUUUCACACUUCGCGCACUCCGUCUUGCAACAUCAAUGACAUUCUUAUCAAAUUCAUCAAUCAACAUCGUCACAAUCGCACAACAAUUUCUUAUUCCCGUUGUUGAAUGGAUUUACUCACAAGACGUCGACGCUGUCUAUGAUGUUGUGGAGAUCGUUACUCGUAUACUACUCUUUAUCACCGACAACUGUAGAGCAAAAUUGGAACGUACACAACUCGCUUCACUUCUUCCACAUUGGAUUGUCCACUUCACUGCAACAUCAUACUCUUCACUUUACAUCGCAGCUAUCAACACCCUCAAAACUUAUCUCUUCAUGUCACCAAUUCGUGAGGCAGACACUUUCCUCGCUUCUAACACGGGCUCACUCAUCGCUACUGUUGUUGGCAACGCAGCAAAAUUCCACAUCUGCGACCCACGCGACGCUGCCGCUGGUCUUGUUGCUUUUCUUUUUGAACGGAAUCCAUCCGCAACAGCACACACAACCACCGAGGCUAUCAUUAAGACAUUCCCUUCAAUCCCACACCAACUCGCUGAAAGGUUCAACAACAUCAAACUAAAGGCUAACGACAUUUUCACAAUAUUCGACGACCUCUUCGCUACAAUCGACGAGUUGUGA